AUGUACGCUUCACACACUACCUACCGCGCCACCUCUUCACACACAUCGCGAGCCCUCGAACAGUCCAGCGCCACCAUCAUCACCACAGCCACCACACAUCCUCGAAGCUCCCUCCUCGCACGCGUACACAACAUAACCGCCACAAAUCAAGUCCUCGCCACCGCCGAACUCCUCGAACUCAUCCUCCUCGACCUCCCACCUCGCGACCUCCUCUCCUCCCAGCGCGUCUGCACCACCUGGCGACAUGCCGUAAAGGCCUCUGUCAAAGCCCAGCGAGCCCUCUUCCGCCGCCCUCAGCCCGCCACCACGCCUGAAGAAGGCGUCCCGCCACCACCACCAACCGCCAACCCGUUCCUCCCGCGGGACCCGCGGAUCUUGGGAAGCAAGAUCCAUCUCAAGUAUGACCACCUGCGCGCUCUGGAUAAGCGCGGCGCGAGGAAGAUGUUGGUCUGCCAGCCUCCGCUGAAGCGAGUGGAGGUCUAUGGGCGGCUGGGCAGUGAUCGGGCGGCGUACAACAGCAAGGUUAUUGCGAGGGAGCGGGGCGUCAAGGUGAAGCAUUUGGUGAGGUUGGUGAAGAAGAUGAAGGCUACGACAGGGUGGGUGGAGAUUGUGGGUAGUGAGGUGUGGCAGAAGGCAUAG